GGCAGCAGGGCGACGGCCAGGAGGCGGUGCCCGAGCCGCUGGAGCCAUAUUUGGUACAGGCAGUUAUGCCACUACGUGGCGUGGCACUCCGCUCGUUCUCCGCCCUUGUACCUGCGGUGACGCAACACGCCGUCGUGACGUCAUCGCUUGCUCUGCCGUGACGUAGAGGCGUGACCUCGGGUGACCUUUGGGCCGUGGGGCCCCCGGAGCCCCCACUGCCCCUCUUGAUUCCCCCUUGUACGGGCAGAAUGGCCUCGCCCCUGGGGAGCAAGCCCUCCACCUCGCGGGUGGAGAGCACCCGCUCCAAGGAGACGUCCACGGUCCACGUGGAGACCUCGUCCCACCGCGUGGAGACGGUCUCUCGGCGGGUGGAGACCUGCCAGAGCCACCGCGAGGGGCCCUCCCUGUCCGCCUCCGGGAAGCGACUCCCUUGGGUCUUCGAGGUGUCCACCCAGCACGUGGAAACCUCCUCCCAUCGCACAGAAACGUCUUCCCGCCACGUCAGGACGUCAUCCGUGCGGGUGGAGACGUCCCUGCACCGCGUGGAGAGUCCUGCCGGGCGGGACAAGCACGCUGCGCGCCACAAUGCAAAGAUGGCUCGAUGAAUUGCUUCCCACCGGCCAUGGCCCUCCGCCAAGGCAGAACUGCUUCCAGUUUGCAGCCAACCAGCUGCCAAGUGAACCAGUCAUCUUUGAUUUCUUGGAAACAACCCAAACAUCAAUGAAAGAAACAGCCUGUCUGCGGUUUCUGGGCGCUGCCAGCAUUUAUUGACCUUUCUACACCAUAGCCCAUCCUGCUUUUGACCCACUGGUCUACUUAACUUUAAGACGGUGCAAAAGGUUUUCAGAUACACGGUACUGUAUAAAUUGACCAAGGCUGUUGAAACCACUGCACCAGUAGUAUCUGGAAGACUGAGUGAGACUCCGGAAAAGCCAAACACCUGGUUUCUGACUCCUUGAUAUUUCAGGAAGGGCACAGGAUCCUCAUAGCAUCUUCCUGUCAUCCUUUUGCCUAGGUUUCUUCCUCCUGAUUUCCUUCAAUCGUGUUUCAAAGCUAGAAUAUGGAGAGAGACACACUGAGCAAGAAAUGACCAAAAAGCAAAAGAAAAAAAGAAAGCUGGGGAGAUGGCUCAAUGGUUAAGGUGCUUGUUUGCAGUGCCCACAUAAAACCAGAUACCCAAAGUGGCACAUGCAUCUAGAGUUUGUUUGCAGUGUAAAGAGGUCCUGGUGCACCCAUUUUCUCUGUCUCUCUCCUAUGUUUGCAAAUAAAUUUUAAAAAACCAGAAAGCAAAAGACAUGAAGAACAGAUAUUUUACAGAUUCUGCAACUUGAAAAUGAUGUGUGUUAAAGAAGCCUUUUAUCGCCUAUGUUAGUGUACCUACUGCAUUUUAUUAAUGUUAGUGUUAUCCAUACUUUGUGUCCUCCUUUCAUUGUUCUCUCUUGGAAAUGGUGCUUUUACCUGUAACAUUUUAUAUAAUACUAAAAAUGAUGUUACAGUAGUGAAUGAACAGCAAUACUGCCUCUCUAUUCCCAGCCAAGAAAGUCUUCAUGGCUUAGUCUAAUAAUCCAUUAGAUUCCUUCUACCUGGUAAUAUUUAUGACUUGCCUUCAGUUGUACCAGCCAGAUUAUUUGAGAAACUAAGUAAUGCACAUUCUUUUUUUUUUAAUUUUUUAUUUAUUUAUUUGAGAGCGACAGACACAGAGAGAAAGACAGAUAGAGGGAGAGAGAGA